AUAGCUAGACCCAAUGGAACAGAGCUCAGUCGCAAGAAUACCUUCAAGAAUCUUUCAUAUAGUCGUACUCCCAAAUUAGGAGCCAGUCACAGUAGCAAAAUGAAAUUGUUGAUUGCCUUUUUGUUUGUUCUGCUUGCCAUUUCGUCGGCGCGUCCCCAUUUUAGUCCCUGGGGUAAUUACGGUGGAUCUGGACAGCAGCAGCAACAGCAGGAACGUUUCGGCAGAUUUGGAAAUCUUGGACAGCAGCAGCAACAAAGUUUCGACGGACGUGGAUCUUUUGGUCAGCAGCAACAGCAGGAAAAUGUCGGAGGUAUUUUUGGAUCUUUUGGACAGCAGCAACAGCAGGAAAGUCUCGGCGGAUAUGAACAGCAGCAGCAAGAAGCUUUCGGCGGACCUUUUGGACCUUUUGGUCAGCAGCAACAGCAGGAAAAUGUCGGAGGUUAUUUUGGAUAGCAGCAGCAACAGCAGGAGCUUGAAACUAACAGCCGAUUUAAUGGGUUUUAUGGAUAAUAUAGCAAACAAACUUUAUAUGAACACCAUCAUGGGCUGUAUUACAAAUAAACAAAAUUACAAAUAAACAGAAAAUAUUUAAAAGACAA